AUGUCCCGAACUCUAACCGGGUUCGUGGGUUGGAGCCUCUUUUCGGCUGCACCAACAUCUCUUUCCUGA